CAGGAGAUUCUAUGUAGGUUCGAGGCCAGCCUAAUCUAUAUAGCUGCAGAACAGCCAAGGCUAUGUAGUGACAGCCUUUUUGAAAAAAACAAGCGAACAAACAGCAAAGACAAAAACAAACAAACAAAAAAACUGUGGAAAAAUGCGGUUAAUGAAGUUCUUCCAAAAGCUUUAAGGUAGUAAAAAUAAUAUGAAAAAUUCUCAAAUGGGGCUGUGAGAUAGCUCAGGGAGUAAAGGCACUUGGGGCAGUGAGAUAGCUCUGUGAGUAAAGGCACUUGUGCCAGCCCUGAUGCCUAGAACCCACAUGUAGGAGAGACCCAGCUGCUGUGAGUUACCCUCUGACGAGUACCCACACUCGUACUGUGACAGUGUCAUAUAAGCCUGGGUUAGUUCUAUAAUUUGGCAGUCAUGCUAAGCUAUGAACAUUUGUGUACAAAGUUUAUAUGCACUGCUUUCAUUUCUCUUGAUACAUACCUAGAGAUAAAAAUGUUUCUUUAUAUGGUAAAUAGUCUUGUGACCCCACAAGGCUGCUGCACUUGUCCCUUGGAAAUGCAAGUCCCAGAGACCAAAGCCCUGUAGCUCUGAGAUCUAAGGACAGAAGAAAGGUGUCCACUCGAGAGGAGGACAGAGUCAUCUGUGUCCCAGGUGUUUUUUUCAUCCAGCCCCUGACCACUUGACUAGACGGUGCCUUAUGGGCAGAUCUUACCCACUGAGCCUACCACUUUAUAUGCAGAUUUCUCAGGAAACACCCUCUUCACAGACAUACUUAGAAACAACACUUAUGCAUCAAGUAAACACUUCUCUAAUCUUGUCAGAUAAACAUAUAAAAUUAAGUAUUUUUCUCUCCACCCAUGUCCCCCAUCAUCCUGGGGAGUUUGAUGUUGGGCAAGAGUUCUACCAUUGAACUACAACCCCACUAACCCCCACAGCGGAAUCGCCACAGGUUCAACUCGAGUCUUUUAGCAGCGCUGUAAGAUGAACGAAGAGACUGGUGCUGACUAUUUGGCCCCGUGGCAGCUGGCACAGGUGGCUGACGGUGGAGGACUUGGAGUUAUAGAAGAGAGCAAGCACCAGAAGUUGGCCAAAGGCGAUUUUGUGACUUCUUUUUACUGGCCCUGGCAAACUAAGGCAAUUCUAGACGGGAAUGGCCUUGAGAAGGUAGACCCACAACUUGUGGAUGGACACCUUUCGUAUUUCCUUGGAGCUAUAGGUAUGCCCGGCUUGACUUCCUUGAUUGGGGUACAGGAAAAAGGUCAUGUAUCUGCUGGAUCUAAUCAGACCAUGGUUGUCAGCGGGGCGGCAGGCGCCUGUGGAUCUUUGGCUGGGCAGAUUGGCCACCUGCUUGGUUGUUCCAGAGUGGUGGGAAUUUGUGGAACGCAUGAGAAAUGUCUCUUUUUGACCUCAGAGCUGGGGUUUGAUGCUGCAGUCAAUUACAAAACAGGGAAUGUUGCAGAACAGCUUCGAGAAGCGUGCCCGGACGGAGUGGAUGUUUACUUUGACAAUGUUGGAGGUGACAUCAGCAAUGCGGUGAUAAGUCAGAUGAAUCAGAACAGCCACAUCAUUCUGUGUGGUCAGAUUUCUCAGUACAAUAAAGACGUGCCCUAUCCUCCUCCGCUGCCCCCUGCUGUAGAAGCAAUCCAGAAGGAAAGAAACAUCACAAGAGAGAGAUUUAUGGUAUUAAAUUAUAAAGAUAGAUUUGAGCCUGGAAUUCUACAGCUGAGUCAGUGGUUUAAAGAAGGAAAGCUAAAGAUCAAGGAGACUGUGGCAAACGGCUUGGAAAACAUGGGAGUUGCAUUCCAAUCCAUGAUGACAGGAGGCAACAUAGGGAAGCAGAUCGUCCGCAUUUCAGAAGAUUCUUCUCCGUAGUCUUGGUGUGUCUCCAUCCAGGAGACCCUCUAUUCUCCACUUCCCACAAAGAUUGUUAAGACAUGUUUAAAAAUAAUCUUAUAGUACAGUUAGUUCUCAUUCCUGUGUGAUAUUUUCUUUGUUGUAUAACCACUUUAUCUUCAAUAUCACAUUCAUUAUACAUUUAAUAUGUGAUUGUUAACCAUAAUCAGGGGUUCUGUGGGUCAUGACCCCUCUGGAGGGGUCACAUAUCAGAUCUCCUGCACAACAGAUAUUUACGUUAAUAUUCAUAACAGCAAAAUUACAGUUAUAAGGAAGCAACCAAAUAAUUUUAUGAUUGUGGGUCACCACAACAGGAGAAAUUGUAUUAGAGGGUUGCAGUAUUAGAAAUAUUGAUGCCACAAUAGAUUGAAAUUAUCUCCUCAGGUCUCCCACUGCCGAGACUGCUAGGAUGCCAGACUGGUGUCACUUGUCACUUGGAUAACUUUGCUUGUAAAAACUAAUAUUACAUAUAUUUGUAUCAAGUAAUUAAAAGUCCCUGGGUGAUUUUUAAACCCCAGGUUUUCUAACCCAACUGUUAAUGGAAUAUAUAUUUUUAAAUUACUUUUAGAAGUGAGUAAAAUUCUACUCUAAUUCUAAGGUGAGAAGUGGUUAACAUUUGUUGAACUGGGAACAUUUUUUAACAUUUUUUACCAUUCUUCAGACACACCGGAAGAGGGCAUCAGACCCCAUUACAGAUGGUUGUGAGCCACCACGUGGUUGCUGGGAAUUGAACUCAGGACCUCUGGAAGAGCAGUCAGUGCUCCUAACUACUGAGCCAUCUCCAGCCCCCAUUUUUACCAUUCUUAAACUGAGGGUAUUAGAAUUGAGAUAGCCUUUCCCUAUUUUUAAUGAGACUUUAGAACUCUCUAUUUUACACACCCGAAUGUCUGUGCACCACGUGCAUGCCUGGUGCCUGCAUGGGGCUCUAGUGCCUGCAGUGGGGCUUUGGGUCCCCCGGAGCUGGAGAGUUGAGCCACUCUGUGGGUGCAGGGCUCUAGAACGCAGGGCCUCAGGUAGAGCAGCCUGCCCAAAGAGAGGCUUCAAUGGCCUAAGUGUAUGGGUUUCGGGCAGCACUGGGGUAUUUACAGAUUGUGGGACAGUUGGUGGAGGGCAGACGUUUUGGAUUAGGACUGGUAUGAGAAGAUAAGUGAGUUGAUGGGAGGCUCCAGGAGCCAGGUUUACAUUGAGAAGUUGAUCUAUGCGUGUUCUGCCAAACAAUUGACUGUAGCAAGCCUAACAGCUUACUACAUCUCAUAAAAGCUUGUGUGUAUUUUAGGAAAAACAGUUUUUAGACAGAAUCUGUUAGGUUGGUUUCUAUGUGAUCCACGCUGGCCUGGAACUCAGUUAUCCACCUGCCUGCCUGCCUCCAGAGUGCCAAUGUUAAAGGCCUGUAUUACCAUGCUGGUACCUCGGAGAGCUAAUAGACAUAACCUUCACUAAGGAAUCAAUCACUGGUUAAAGUGAGUUGAGGAUAGGUCAGGGCACACUGACCUCUAGGAGCCUUGAGGCUAAUCCCUAACUGCACCUCCCCCCAACAAGCACCAAGUAAACAAGCUUCAGAAAAUGGUAGGACUAAGUAAAUUAACUAAUGGUCAUAGACGUGACUAUUCCAGAUAUAUUGAUGUAUCGCAUUCGUUUUAUUAAUUGUAACUCAACCUUUAGAAAAAUAAAACUGGAGCUGUUUUCUGA